GCUUAAUGACAGCUCGAGAAUUCGAGGAAUACGACAAGGUCGUCACUCCUAAUGCCAAGUACUGGCUACCGAUUCAGUGGCUUCUUUCGCUUAUCACACUUGCAUGGGAUGAAAAGCGAAUCAAAGGGGAAGUCAUCUACGUCUCAUUAUUAGAUAGAAUUGCAGUCUUCCGAUCUAGCCUCAUCAACCUGUGGCUUUUUGACUGGGUGCCGGUACCACUAGUGUACACACAGGUUGUUCAUCUCACAGUCUACAGCUACUUCGUAAUUGCAUUAUUUGCUCGACAAUAUCUCGAUAGAU